AUGUCUUUACUAGAGGGUUCAGUGGGGGUGGGGGACAUGGUCCUUCUGGAACCCCUGAAUGAAAAAUCUUUGCUCGAGAACCUUGACAAGCGAUUUCAGCACAAAGAGAUUUAUACCUACAUUGGGAAUGUGUUGAUUUCUGUGAAUCCCUACCAACAGCUGCCCAUCUUUGGCCCUGAGUUCAUUGAUAAGUACAAGGAGUACAAUUUCUAUGAGCUGAAGCCCCACAUUUAUGCAUUGGCAAAUGAAGCCUAUCAAUCAUUGAAGGAUCAUGACAGGGACCAGUGCAUUAUCAUCACGGGAGAGAGCGGAUCUGGGAAAACUGAAGCCAGUAAGUUGGUGAUGUCAUAUGUGGCAGCCGUGUGUGAGAAGGAAGAGGAGGUGAAUUCAGUGAAGGAGCAGCUAUUGCAAUCAAACCCUGUACUGGAGGCUUUUGGCAAUGCCAAGACGACCCGAAACAACAACUCCUCCAGAUUUGGCAAAUACAUGGACAUCGAAUUUGAUUUUAAGGGUUCCCCGCUUGGUGGUGUCAUCACAAAUUAUCUGCUGGAAAAAUCCCGAGUAGUGAAGCAUAUCAAAGGAGAAAGGAACUUCCAUAUCUUCUACCAGCUGCUGGCUGGGGCAGAUGCCCAGUUGCUGAGGGCACUGAGGCUGGAAAGGGAUGGGAGUUGCUACUCUUAUUUGAACCGUGAAGCUUCCAGGGUUGGCGGGAUGGAUGAUGCAGCCAACUUCAUAGUGGUGCAGAAUGCCAUGGGCAUCAUUGGAUUCUCCACUGAGGAGAUCCAGCAGAUUUUUGAGGUGAUAGCCAUGGUGCUGAAGCUGGGAAAUGUGGAGCUGAGGGAUGAGUUCCAAGCCAAUGGGGUGGCAGGGAGCAGUAUUUGUGACGAAAAAGUUGUCAAGGAGAUUUCAGACCUCAUGAGGCUGCAGCCAGAGGUACUGGAAAGAGCCCUGUGCUCCCGGACCAUGGAAACAAACAAGGAGAAAGUGGUCACUGCAUUGAGCAAAAUUCAGGCAUGCUAUGCCCGAGAUGCCCUGGCCAAGAACAUCUACAGUCGUCUCUUCAAUUGGAUAGUUAACCGGAUUAAUGAGAACAUUAAGGUGAGUGAUUCAGCUAAAAAGAAGGUCAUGGGUGUGCUGGAUAUCUAUGGCUUUGAGAUACUGGAGGAUAACAGUUUUGAGCAGUUCGUGAUUAAUUAUUGUAAUGAGAAACUACAGCAGGUGUUCAUAGAGCUGACACUGAGGGAGGAACAGGAAGAAUACAUGAAAGAGGGCAUACCUUGGGAUAAGAUUGAAUAUUUUGAUAACAGCAUCAUCUGCAACCUCAUCGAACAUAAUCGGCAGGGUAUCCUGGCCAUGUUGGAUGAGGAGUGUCUUCGGCCUGGUGUGAUCAGUGAUUCUACCUUACUAGCGAAGCUGAAUCAGAUGUUCUCUAAACAUAAUUACUAUGAAAGCCGGGUCACCCAGAAUGCCCAGCACCAGCAUGACCCCAGCUUGGGCCUUAGCUGCUUUCGUAUCCAACACUAUGCCGGCAAGGUGACGUACAACGUGGAUGGCUUCUUGGACAAGAACAAUGAUCUGCUAUUCCGAGAUCUGUCACAGGCUCUGUGGAGUUCCAAGCACCCCCUGCUUUGGACACUGUUCCCUGAGGGGGACCCCAAACAAGCCUCCCUUAAGCGACCCCCCACAGCUGGGACCCAGUUCAAGAACUCUAUAGUCACACUCAUGAAGAACCUGUAUUCCAAGAAUCCCAACUAUAUUAGGUGCAUCAAGCCAAAUGAGCGUCAGCAACAAGGUCUGUUCUCAUCUGAACUAGUGGGCACCCAGGCCCGGUACCUGGGACUGCUAGAGAACAUUCGUGUGCGAAGGGCUGGCUACGCCUUUCGACAGGUUUACGGCGCCUUCCUGGACAGAUACAAGAUGCUGAGCCGGUCUACCUGGCCCCGGUGGCAUGGCCAAGCUCGGGAAGGGGUAGAGAAGCUUCUGGAAGAACUAAGAUUGGGCUCCGGGGAGCUGGCUUUUGGUCGGACCAAGAUCUUCAUCCGUAGCCCCAAGACGCUGUUCUAUCUGGAGGAGAAAAGGAGAAUUCGAAUACAUCAGAUAGUUACACUUGUCCAGAAGAUGUACCGGGGCUGGCGAUGCCGUACCAAUUACCAGCUCAUGCGCAAAAGUCAGAUACUCAUUUCUGCCUGGUUUCGAGGCAACGUGCAAAAGAAACACUACGGGAAGAUAAGAGCAUCAACAUUAAUGAUCCAGGCCUUUGUGAGAGGGUGGAAGAUCCGAAAGGAGUAUCGGAAGUAUUUCCGGUCAGGGGCAGCCUUGCAGUUGUCAAAUUUCAUCUACAGGAGAAUGGUGCAGAAAUUCCUGAUGGGCCUGAGGAAUAACCUGCCCUCUAAAAUCACUGAUCACAGCUGGCCACCUCCUCCUUAUAAAAUCUUUACUCAGGCAAAUCAGGAGCUGAAGAAGAUUUUCCACUAUUGUAGAUGUAAAAAGUUUUGGGAUCAGCUUUCCCCACAGAAGAAAGAGGCCCUGAAGGAGAAGCUCUGUGCUAGUGAAUUGUUUAAAGACAAAAAGGCUUCAUAUCCCCAAAGUGUCCCUGUGCCAUUCCGAAGUGACUAUGUGAUGCUUCGUGAGAAACCCAAGCUGCAGAAGCUACAGAGAGAGGCUGAUGAGCCUGUGCUGAUGGCUGAGACUGUGAAUAAAGUCAACCGAGCCAGUGGCAAGAUGACCCCAAGGAUUCUCCUCCUGACCAAGGGUCAUGUGAUCCUUGCCGAUUCCAAGGGCUCCAAAGUCAAGGCUGUCAUUGGGCUGGAGAAUGUGGCUAAGGUGUCGGUCAGCAGCCUUCAAAAUGGACUCUUUGGUUUACAUCUCGCUGAGAUCUCUUCAGUGGGCUCCAAGGGAGACCUUCUACUGGUCAGUGAGCAUGUGAUUGAGUUGUUGACCAAGCUAUACCAGGCUACACUGGACAAAAUGGAGAGGCAGCUGCCAAUUACUGUGACUGAAGAGUUCACUGUGAAGUUCAAAGAAGACAACAUGACCGUGAAGGUCAUUCAGAGCCAAAAGAAGGAGGGAAACAAAGUAAGCUGCAAGAAGAAAGGAAGCAACCAUUUGGAGGUUUCUGCACAGUGA